AUGUCAUCUUCAAAUGUUGAUUGGAAGCCACGGGUUGGUAUGAAAUUUGAUAAUAUAGAUGUGGCUUAUCAAUUUUGGCUUACAUACAGUGUCCAUGCUGGUUUUGGAGUUAGAAAACGUUAUGCGAGCAAGAAUAAAGACGACACUAUAUCAUCUUGUAGGUUUGUUUGUUCCAAGGAAGGAGUACGAAAGAUAGACAAGAGAGAUGUUUUUGUUAACAUCCAUAGAGCCGAGACAAGAACGGAUUGCAAAGCAAGAAUUUCACUUGUAUGCAAAAAUGGAAAUUUUGUCAUCCAUGAAUUUGUAGAGGAUCAUAACCAUCCUCUACAACUUCCAGAGACAACACACAUGCUUGCAUCACAUAGGAAGAUAACUGAAGUCCAAGCAUAUGAGAUUGAUUUGGCUGAUGAUUCUGGAUUAAGGCAAAAGUCAACAUUUCAACUUAUGAGCACACAUGCAGGAAACAGAGCAAAUCUUGGAUUUACACGGUUGGAUGUGAAAAAUUACCUCAGUGCAAGAAGACAAAGAAGUAUGAUGUACGGAGAUGUUGGUUGUCUUUCACAAUAAUUUCAACGACAAUUGUUGGAAAGUCCGUCUUUUUUUCACGCAUACCAAAUGGAUAUAGAAGAACAAAUCACAAAUGUGUUUUGGUGUGAUGCAAAUAUGGUGUUGGAUUACGGGUAUUUUGGUGACGUUGUGUCAUUGGACACUACAUAUUGUACCAAUCAUGCUAAUAGACCGCUUGCUUUGUUUUCCGGUUUCAACCACUAUAGGAGUUCGAUCAUUUUCGGUGCAGCACUAUUGUAUGAUGAAACAAUUGAGUCAUUUAAGUGGUUGUUUGAUACAUUCUUACAAGCACACAACCAUAAAAAACCAAAAACUGUUUUCACUGAUCAAGAUCAAGCAAUGGCCAGGGCACUGGCUGAAGUCAUGCCUGAAACUCACCAUGGUUUAUGCACAUGGCACUUGUUGCAAAAUGGAAUUAAACACCUUGGGAACUUGAUGAAGGGA